AUGGAUUUACUCUCAGAUCUGCUCGAGUCCUACCACAAGAUAAUCUCAGAUAAGCUUAGUGAAAGAAGGACAGGAGCUGAAACUUUAAGAAAGUUGCUACAGGCUGAUAACUCCAGGGACCUAAUCCAAGAUAGGAGCACUUCCUCUUCUUCUCGUGGAAGGCGACCCUCUAGUUGUGGUAAUGUUCCGUCAUGGGAUGACCUAUUUAUAGCUGUUAAGGAGUGCCUCUUGAAGGAGAUAGAGAAUAUUACAAAUUUGGAGCAGUUGCGUCCUAAUCCAUCCAGUUCAGCUCAAACAGGAAGAAAGAAGCAAAUUCAGGAUAAUUUUGAAACAUUACGUGUUCUACUUAAAGCAGCCAAUUCAAAGGGUGGUGUAUUAAAAGUGUCUGAGGUUAUGUCUCACAUAAUGCAAGUACUAAAGGUCCCGGUACUUCAGCGCUGGCUAGCCAUGGACUACACUCAAAUAUUAGUUAGUCAUAUUCUCCCUUAUCCUCAUUUUACAAUGGAACUAACUCAUUCUAACUGGAAAGCAUAUAUUUAUUGA